AUGUGUUUGCAAAUUCCUGUCUUCAAUAUUCACGUUCGAAGUGAGGGUUGUGAGGAUGCAGGAAGAGCAGACCGCUGCGGCAAAGCUUACAUCAAGGUGAAUGGAACAGAUCACUCUCCUCACAGCAGAGGAUAUAACGUUGUUGUUGUGGACGGAGCAACAGGUGCAGUUCUCGAUACAAGAGGAUUUGAUACUCAUGAAAAUAGCUCGGCGGGUAAUGCACUCAGAGAUUACCUUAACGGUCUUCAUGGCCAUAAAAUAGUGUUAGUUGCUAUUCAAGAUGAGGGCUCAAGACACAUGUCGCCAGCGAUUGAUGCACUAAAGGGACUGGGCGCUACUGACCCUGUACAGCCGGACCACAGGGGAUCUUUUGCUUUCGCUGGAUACGCUGGAGCAAACAAACCUCAGUGGAUAACACAGAGACGUGCGAACAGAGGACAGGGACCGAGUGAAAUAUUUCCGAACAUUGCGUUAUCGGCAGGUGUGUUUGGUUAUCGAUUAGUUAUUGAUUUCUAUACUGGCCCAAGUUCAUUGAGAAAGAAAGUGUUUAGAGCAAUUGGUUAUAUUGACGAAGAUCCUAAACACUACAUAAGGAUCGAAUGUUGGGCUUGUUCACCGAAAAUUAACCUAAUAAACGGAACCUUUUUGUGCCAGGAAUAA